AUGUCGGAUAUCUACGAAGCCAUUGAGUAUGCACGAAAGCAGCUUGGGUUUGCAGACUUGAAAGAUAAGCAAUUGUUGGCCAUCAAACACUUCGUCGAGGGAUCUGAUACAUUUGCAAUACUGCCUACCGGUUAUGGCAAGUCCGUUAUUUACAGCUUGCUUCCUGUUGUCUUUGACAGAAUGAGAGGCCAUUGUGGCAGUAUUGUUGUGUGUGUCAGCCCACUAACGUCACUCAUGAUUGAUCAGAAAUCCAAACUGCUUCCUAGAGGAUUGAAGUGUGAAUUUGUAGGAGAAGCUCAGACUGAUGACAACGCUGUGGGGGAAGUCUUGACAGGCAAAGUGCAAUUAGUUUUUAUAAGCCCAGAAAACCUUUUGGGCAAUCCUACUUUUCGAACAAUGUUUUUAAAGAAGAUCUACAAAGAUAACCUUGUUGCUCUUGUCAUUGAUGAGGCCCAUUGUGGGAGACAAGUUUCGUGUGGCAUUCGCUAUGAUAGGAACUCUUCGAAAUUUACUUCCAGAAAAGACUCAGAUCAUGGCUUUGUCAGCUACAGCAACCAAACCCACAUAUGA